CAGUGAAUGCCUCGUCACGUGAUCAAUCUGCGCAUUUCUUUGCGGUAUCCGUCCAGGAUGAGGGAAUUUGUGUUCAGAACAUCAACAUGAAAUGAUUAUUGUGAAGAAAUGAUAAACCAUACUAAACUUGAACGCCAUCCACCCAACAUCACACUCCCAAUAUCCCAAACAAGUCCAAGCAAAAGCAAAACCUCCAAGAUGACCUCCAAAAAGGUCCUCAUCAUAAUGUCCGACGCCUCCUCCUUCCCCCUCUACAACACGGGCGCCGAAUCCAAAACCAUCCAACAGCCCUCGGGCUACUUCCUCAUGGAACUCGCCAAACCCCUCAAGCGCCUCCUAGAAGCCGGCUACGAAAUCGCCUUCGCCUCGCCCGAAGGCAAAGAACCCACUCCCGACCCGCUCAGCCUCUCCCUCGCCGCCUUCGCAGGCAACUUCUACGAGCGUAAGCGCGAAACGGACCUCAUCGAGCGGAUGAAGCGCGAAAACGGUUUCUCUCGGCCGAAGAAGUUUUCCGAGAUUAGCGAUGCGGAGUUGGAGGGGUAUGCGGGGGUUUUCAUUCCGGGGGGCCAUGCGCCGUUGGCGGAUCUGGGGGAUAAUGCCGAGCUGGGACGAAUUCUGCGGCAUUUCCAUGAGAGGGGGAAACCUACGGCGGCGAUUUGUCAUGGGCCGUAUGCGUUUCUGUCGACUAAAUAUGUCGGGGAUGGGGAGUUUGCGUAUAAGGGGUAUAAGAUUACGAGUUGGUCUGAUGCGGAGGAGAAGUUCAUGGAGACGGUCGUGUUUAGGGGGGAGGUGACGAAGGUGGCGUCGAGUUUGCAGGAGGCGGGUGCGGAGAUGGUGGAGGGCUUGGGGACGGCGUUGGGGCAGGUUACGGUGGAUAGGGAGCUGGUGACGGCGGAUAAUCCGGUGGGUGCGGAUGCGCUGGGGCAGAAGUUUGUUGAGAUGUUGAAGGCGUAGGUGGGAGAAACGAAGCGAGUGUUAAGACGACCCCCUCGCUGGCAAUCAAUUACGCGUUGGGAAUACCCACGGUGCUCGAUCUGGUGUUCUACAAGUCGGCAGUGCGAGCAAUCGAGUUCGAUACAUGCGAUGAUCACGCGAAGUUACCGAUCUCCUUCACGUAAUAGGAUUUCGACGCCGAGGGACGAGAUACCCGUAAACAAGCAUUUCGAUAUUAAAAGCCAAGGCCUCCGGACGGGCCACUCAUCCCAAGGGGACGGAGUAAUAAUG